AUGGACCCUGUUAACCCACGUAGCAGAACUGCCGCGGCCGAAGAUGAUGGCUUGGAUCAGAUCGGCGUCGACUCCCCGCGGUCCGGCGUCGCAACUCCCCAGCCAGAUCUCCAUGACAGACGGCUGCCGGGGAUCAUGAGCUACUUUAACCAGGUUCGUGCAAGCUCUCUUCAGCGAUUGUGGUCUGGUUCUUUCAGGACGAGCGGGCAAUCCACAACAACCACCUCGAAGCCAGCAACGCCAAGUCCCGAGGAACAGUUGCAAGCUGCAACACUGGCAGAGCUGCCAUCCACUCCCCUUGGUCCGGAUUCCCUUACGCCUCCGUCAGCUGAGGACCCUCCACUCCUACCGCACGAGAUGCCGGGACCUCCCGUCGGGGCAGCGCUUGGGGGGGAUGCGCAGCAGCUCUCAUAUCCCACACCGCCAGCUUCGCAACCCUCCUCGCAACCCUCCUCGCUGCGCAACUUCCCCGUGGACUCGUCUAGCCAAAAGCCUGCGGAGGGGACUCCUCCGGUCUCACGAACCGCGAGCUUGCGGCAUGCGAGUAUGUCGGGUCUUGUGAGAGGCAAAGCGAGGACCUCGUCUCUGCUGGCACCCCUGACGACCAUGGUCUCCGAAUCGAGCGUAUCCGCCCCUCACUUUUCGAAUCCUACGGGACGCUCCUCCACUGUUCCUAGCUCUUCUCCGAGCCGCGUACAGCCCCGUGCCAGCGAUGGAGGUCUUUCUUACGAGUCAACCUCAUUGUUGUAUCUCAAGCAGACACUAACAAACAGUAAGAGCGGUACAUCGACCCCGAGGCGCGCUCUCUCGUCGGCUUACCCUGCCCACGGCGAAGGGCAUGAGGACACGAGGCAAAAGAAUGGCGAUAGGAUUGACCGAACCGCGACAAGCACCCCUACACCGCCGGGAGCACAGGCACCAGCGGCCAAAGGCAAACUCACCAUUAAAAUUACCGAGGCUAGGGGCCUAAGGAAGUGUCAAGAUCCCUACGUCGUUGUGGUCUUUCAGCGCAGCGAACUCAUCUCCUCUGGACCCCGCCCGGCCGAAGACGACGAGGAAGCGGCCAUCGCCGCUGUCUCCAUGGGCGCCAUGCCGAUGAAGCGGCAGGGAAGCGAUUCUGGCAGGGCCAUGGCCAUCCCGAUGCGAAGCAGGCAGAGUAGUAACACCAGCAUUACCGACUUCGACACCUUCCGUAAUCGCAGCACGCGCCGUUCGUUUACCAGCCCGAAAUGGGACGCCGAAGCGAUCUUUGAUGUUGUCGCCGCGGACAAACUCGUCGACAUCUCCGUCUACGGCCGCGGCCAAUCCGGAGAGGAGUUUCUCGGCCACGUCGACUUCCAAGCGGUGACUACGGAGAGAGAGGCUCCGGUCAGAGGCUGGUUCUCUCUGAGGGGCCACGCGGAUACCAUGGCCGAGAAUGCGCCAACGGGCGAGAUUUUUGUCGAAUCCUUCUUCCAGCGGGCCGAGCAGAAGCACUUCGGACCAGGUGAUUUCCAGAUCCUCCGGCUCAUCGGCAAGGGGACCUUCGGCCAAGUAUACCAAGUCCGGAAGAAGGAUACCAAGCGCAUUUACGCCAUGAAAGUCCUGUCGAAAAAGGUUAUUGUUCAAAAGAAGGAGGUGGCGCAUACCGUCGGCGAGCGCAACAUUCUGGUGCGGACCGCCACCGCUGAUUCUCCGUUUAUCGUCGGCCUGAAGUUCUCAUUCCAAACCCCGUCCGAUCUCUACCUUGUCACAGACUACAUGUCUGGUGGAGAGCUCUUCUGGCAUCUGCAGAAGGACGGCAAGUUCGAGGAAAAGCGGGCCAAGUUCUACAUUGCCGAGCUCAUUCUCGCCAUCCAGCACCUGCAUCAAAACGACAUCGUCUACCGCGACCUAAAACCGGAGAACAUCCUUCUGGAUGCCAACGGCCAUAUUGCGCUCUGCGACUUUGGUCUUUCCAAGGCGAACCUGACCAAAAACGACACCACCAACACUUUCUGUGGCACGACCGAGUACCUCGCCCCCGAGGUGCUUCUAGACGAGACUGGUUACACCAAAAUGGUGGAUUUCUGGUCUCUGGGCGUUCUUGUGUUCGAAAUGUGCUGCGGUUGGAGCCCGUUCUAUGCCGAAGACACGCAGCAAAUGUACAAGAACAUCGCCUUCGGCAAGGUCAGGUUCCCCCGCGACACUCUAUCCCUAGAGGGGCGGAAUUUUGUCAAGGGAUUACUUAACAGGAAUCCGAAGCAUCGGCUCGGCGCCACAAACGACGCAGAAGAGCUCAAGGAACACGCCUUCUUCGCCGAUGUCGAUUGGGAUGCGCUUUCCAAAAAGCUCAUCACGCCGCCCUUCAAGCCCCAGCUGAAGAGCGACACCGAUGUUUCGUACUUCGAUCCAGAGUUUACCAACGCCCUCAACACCAACGGGUCCCUCAACGAGCGCGCUGCGGCCCUGGCCAAGGGAUAUGCGACUUCCACACCGCUCUCACCUUCGGUGCAGGCCAACUUCCAAGGCUUCACUUUCGUCGAUGAGAGUGCCCUUGAUGACCAUAUGAAAGAUCGGUACGGCAAGUACGAAGACGAGGAGAUGGACGACGCCGACCGCAAGAGGGACGAUGACUGGGACGAUGUCAACGAUGCCGACGUUCGGAGUCCCAACCGGAUGAGCGGGAUCGUCCGGGGCAACAACAAUGACGAGCAAAUGUUUGGCGCGUCAGGCUUCGACAUGUGA